CUUCGCACGCCCCCCGGCUCGGCUAGCCCAUGCCGACAAGGCCGAAGAUGCAUGCGCUAACCUUCCCAAAACGCCCCAAACAUCCACCUUUCACCCUCAACAUGGAAUUUUUCGGGUCGACAUGACGCAAACGCGAACGAGCCGCCGUGUGGAGCGUGCAAGAGGGGAAUCUUCGAUGGGGGUCGAGCAGAUUCCCAUGAGAACAGUUUGACGUCACAGCCCCACCAUGCGCGCAGAGCUCUUGAGCUACCAUAUAAGAGAGGGGAUCUUGCAACAGAGACUUUUUUUGUUCACGUAGCACAAUCUCUGAGCAUUGCACGAUACGAGCCUUCAUCAAAUUCACAAUCAACAAAUCUUCCAUAAACACAACUCCAAACACACCACUCUCACAAUGUCCACCUCCCAAUCCAAGGCCGACCUCAUCGACGAGCGCAAGGCGAACCUCCCCCUCCCCUCGGACCCCCCCGUGGCCUCCGACUUCAACUCCGCCGACGCACGCACCGUCAACGUCGGCUCGGGCGGCCAGGCGUCGGACCUCUCGCACUCGGGCCUCGGCGGCGAGACGCUGCGAUCCCCCGCGACCACGGAUGCCGUGGGCAGCACCGGACGCCAGGCGAAGGACGGGCUCGACGGCAUCCCCAACGACGCCGUGACCCGCGAUGCGAAGGACAAGGCCGGGCUCGCGCAGACCACCGGCAAGGACUACGGCACGCCCAGCGCGUCCAAGUAGCCAUCUACCUCACUGGCUGAGGAGAUUUGCGGCGAUGUUUGUGUUACCUGACUGUAUGACUAUGUAUGCGGACUGAAGGCUUGGACGGACAUGGACAUGGACAUGGCACGACACGGAAGUGGAGGAUUGCGAGUAGCUUUCCCACAUCACGUACGCUGAUAUGAAUGAUGAACGAUUCCCAACAGACAACCUAUCUCCCAUGUGCUGAUUCUGUGCUUAUGCGCUUGCUGAAUAUUUCAAGUCUCUAGACCCGGAAGGGCUUGAAAUCGGGGAGC